AUGUUAUUCCGAUUACGGAUACUACUCAAACUCGGCUUCUUUCUCGACUUGAAUAGUGGGCAUAUUUUUGAUGUUGUGGCUAGAAAUGAAUCAAAAGAUGCUGCCUCUCCUCCUACUUGGAACGGUUUUUCCGUACCGAGAGACGGACCUAGCUUUCGACCUAUUACCAAUCUAGGAAAGGUAAAGCCGUUGAAGGCUGGUCAAGAUAAUAUGGGGGUUAGCUCGAGCCGAGUGCUUGCUAUGAGGGCGGUUGGAGAGGAUCCGGUUGGCCGGGGUGGGCUAGACGGUCCAUGUGUUGCGGCUGUCGAGCAUAAAUGGUAG